GUUCACCGAUGGCCUGCGGGUGGCACUAAUGCUGUAAGUCCAGUGGUGACACUACUGCGGAGAAGAAGCCAUGUUUUCAUUCAUCUCUGUAUGAGCUAUUAACGCUGGCCGUACUUUUUUACUUUUAUUCAUUUUAAAAAUACAAUUACAUGAGUAUUCAUAGUCUAACAUUAGCGGGCAUUUAUGUUGCUGACAGACGCCAAGCACCAACGCCCAUUUAUCCACGACAUACACCGUGACGUUUAAACAUUUGCAGCUAAGUGGCUAGGCUAACCCCGAGUGCCUGCUGCUCCGGUGAGGCCUGCUGUAUCCCCGGUGUUUCUUAUAGAGUGUCUGCCCAUCAGGACAAACUACAGCCGCUGUUCUCAAGUGUGUGAGAUCUGAAAGUGCCGGAGAAAAGAUGGAGGCUCCUCCUGUCGCUGUGAUGCCAGUCACUGGUGGAACGAUCAAUAUGAUGGAGUACCUGCUGCAAGGCAGUGUGUUAGAUCAGGCCUUAGAAAGUCUUCUCCACCGUCUCCGAGGUCUGUGUGAUAACAUGGAACCUGAGACCUUUACAGAUCACGAACUGGUUUACCUUCUCAAAGGCCAACAAGGCAACCCUUUCAUACUGCGCGCUCGCCGCUCGCUCUCCCACCCCACGUCACCAUGGCACCUGCGCUACCUGGGUCAACCAGAAGUGGGAGACAAGAGCCGCCACGCCCUGGUACGGAACUGUGUGGACGUGGCUGCGUCCCACAGCCUCCCAGAGUUCCUCAACGAAAUGGGCUUCCGCAUGGACCAUGAGUUUGUGGCCAACGGACACAUAUUCCGAAAAGGUGCGAUGAAAGUUGUGGUCAGCAAGCUUUCACGCAUCCUUGUACCGGGGAACACUGAGAACACGGAGCGUCUGUCCCUGUCCUGUUUGGUGGAGCUGAGCUUGUUGGCGCCGGCCGGUCAGGACACGGCGUCGGAGGAGAUGCGCAGCUUUGCUGAACAGCUGAAGCCUCUCGUUCACCUGGAAAAAAUCGACCCCAGCAAACAGAGGCACUGAAGAGCGGACUGUGCCUUUAACUGGGACCACUUCUUUGUUUUGCAUUUUCUUUAGUGUUUUAUUAACGUGACGAAAUAAAAAAUACCUCUGCUCCUCAGAUAAACUGGAAAAACUUCUUCUGAUUCAUGACGUGGACAAAGAUGCAGCCAGAAGUAGACUUGAAGUACUUUGCUAGUUUUCUACUUGGAUGGGGGGUUUACAGAAAUAUGGUGUGAAUAUGAGUGUGAAUGGUUGUUUUUUUUCAGCAGUCGUUGUUUGGAGACUCCUGGAAUUGGCUCCAGGACUACCUUGUCCUGGAAAAAAUUUGAAUGAAUGGAUGGAUGAGUUAAUGAGUCGAUGGAUCGAUGGAUUAAUAAAUUGAUUGAUGGAUCUCCUACCUGGACAUUAAAAGUUGGUAAGAAUAGUGCAUUAGUUCUUGCCACGUGUCAUCCAUCUACAAACACCUCAUUAUCUUUGUUUCCAAUUAUAAUGAGUUCCAGACAAGGCUUCAAGUAAAAAAAAAAACAACCUAAGAUUCUUUAGUCACAUCCUGCCUUAUCUUCUGGAUCAAAUCUUUAUUUCCCUCUUUUUCUGACCUAGUCUUUAGAAAUGAAUGAACUGUUACAAUUCAUGACUAUUUAAAAUUAUGGAGAAGAAAACGAAAUCAGCAAACAAUUCUAAUUCCCUCUGUGGAGUUCCAGCGUUUUUCGCCCACUAGGGGUCUCUGUUGCUCUUUUUGUCAGCCUGGACCUGAGGCCGUUGGAAAGCCACUUCAGACCAUUUGGAGUAGCAUUGGUUGCCAUGGAAAUAAUUAGUCGUGAGAUCUGGCCCCACCCCACCCCCUCACUAAUUAGCUUUCUCAAUUGCUUAAUGAUACAUAGACCUGUGAAAGCUUCACAACCGACCACCCCCACGUCCCCUCACCCCCUCCCACUUUAACAAAGGCAUUGAUUUUCAUUCCCAUCCCCUCUCAUUUCUAUUGUUAACCCAUUAGAGCUUCUUUCCUGGGAACAUGAGCUGGGACUCGAGUGUGUGUGUGUGUGUGUGUGUGAAGGGACUACAACGGCCCCAGGUUAUAUGGAUGUAUACUGGCGUGACGACAUCGUGGUCAGUACGCUGACCAAACUGAAGUCACUAAUACACAUCCUGUCAGUUAUGGUAGUAACGAGGACGAUCUGACAUGAGCGAUGCUAAUAAUAGUCUCACAGGAAGACGCAUUUAGAGGCGCUGUGUGAUGUAGAGUGACUGCACGCGUGUAUAAAGGAAGGGCUGGGGGCAGACGGCUGUCUCCCCACAUUGACCUACCUGCACAUCAAGGCUGUAAUCAAGCUCACCCAGGUGGAAAGGUGAGAUGACAUCAGUGGUGGUGUCGAGUCCCUGCUGUUCCGAGUCCAAGUCAUUAAGUCUGGAUCUUAGGCUCCAGAGAUUCACAUCUGAAGGACAAUUUGUAAAAUCUUUGACAAAAUAUCGAGAGGCAACGUUUUACCCCCAGAAAGAUUAAGGUAUGGAGCGGGGACCUCUGUUAUGUACAACGGUCCUCGUCCAAAAUACCUGUGAUUUUGAACUCAGUAUUAGGCUAUUCUAAUGGUAAAGACAAAUAAAAACAAAUACACAUAAAAAAUGGUCUCCGCUGCUAAUCAUUAAAAUCCCGCGACCCUUCUGUUGUACCUUCUGGAUCUAGUUAAGAGACACGGGACCCAUGUUGAGGAUAGAAAGCUACAGUCAUCUGAAGUUCAACUUCUGCCUCCUACACCUGCCUGAAACUUUAGCACAACUAUGUACAUUUAAAGUAAUACUACUAACCACUACACAUAGCUACGUCUGACCCCUGAAGAGGUCAACAGUGAGUCGGUGGUAUGAUGUCACUGAAGUGUUCGUCUGGUCUUCACUGACGGAUGUGAUUGACUCUCGGUCGUACUCUUGUACAACUUUGACUGUUGUUUUUCCUUCAUUCUCAUCUGACCUUUGACCUCCCCCAUCAUUUACCUAUGGAACGGCUCCUCACUUCACACAAGUUUUUUUUCUCAUGCUCUAAUUUUCCAAGACACUGUCGCCAAUUUUUUUUUGCAUCAAUUUUCUAUCUAAUUUACUAUGACUAUUGAGGGCAACAUUAAGAAUAAAAAAUAAAUAAUAUUCUAAGAUUAUUAUACAUACAUAUAUACACAACAACAACUUUAUUCACAUAUUUUAUUACUUUAUUCACGUAAGAUGAUUUAUUCUGGUAAUAUUAUUACUUUAUUCUCAUUAUAAUAUAACUGAAUUCUUGUUAACCUGCUCUCCAAAUAUUAGAGCUAACUUUGUUCUUAUCAUUUCUAAAACUACCUGGUUCUUUGCCGAGCCAAACGUCGUAUAAUGAUUUUUAAAAAAGUGUCAGUAGUGAUGUAAUGGGAUGCGACGUCUCACAUUUGUAACAAUAAUAUCAGGAAGAAAUUAUGUUAUUUGCCUUAAUCAAAUGAACAACGUAAAAUAAUUGUAUAAAUUAGUUACUAUUAUUACAUGUAUAUUUUAAAAUAUAUUUUCUCAUUCCUGUUUAAUAAAAUGAAACAAUACCAAAAUAAUAUAGGAGUUCAACUUAUUUUUUAAGUGGUAAAAGCCUAUAACCCACAAACAUAAUUCACCUACUAAUUAUAUCCAAACAAAGCCGUGAGACAGGAAAACAAUGGCUGCCAUAACUCUUCAAAAUUACACCACUCUGUGUCCCAUAAGCCAUAACUUUUAAGGACCUUUCUCAAGGAAGGAAGGAAUUCUGCUCUUCCUCCAAAAACAUUAUAAAAUUAGGACAUGAUCAGUUUAUUCCUGAUUUUU